AUGGUGAAACUGUGUGCUAAAUACUUAAUACGUAAAUAUAAAACAAAUAAAUGUCAUUUGAAUAGUAAGAAAAAAAACAAGGAUACCGAUACACAAUUUUUAAAAACGUUUACUCAUUUGCAAUUACAAAAUCAAUACAUUGAAUGCAUCUUACAAAUCGACAAUUGCUUUAACAUCAGAGUUUUGUAUUUACAUCAAAAUUUAAUCAGAACAAUUGAAAAUAUGGGAAAUUUUCCUAAUUUAACUCAUUUGUACCUACAAAGAAAUUAUAUAAACAAAUUAGAAAAUUUAAACGUUUUAAAAAAAUUAAAAAAAAUAUAUUUAGGUUUUAAUUAUAUUCAAGUUUUAGAAGGAAUGGAAAAUUUAAAAGAAAUCAAAGAGAUUCAUAUUGAAUGUCAAAAUUUAAAUGCAGGGGAUACAAUAUAUUUUGAACCACUUUCUAUAAUUAAUUUAGGGGAAACUCUGCAAGUUUUAAAUAUUUCAAACAAUUAUUUAACAUCAAUACACGGCCUUCAAAAUUUAUUAAGCUUGAAAAUUUUAGAUGCGAGUAACAAUUAUUUAUUCGAUUUGAACGAAGUUGCAAAUGUUGUAUCUAAUUGGCUUUAUCUUCAAGAACUUAAUUUAAUUGGUAACGAAAUUACAAGAUGUAGAUAUUAUAAAGAUUCAAUAAUAUUUGCAUCCAAUAGUUUGGGUAAUUUUUUCAAAAUUCUAUUCGAUUAUCUGUAA